CCGGUUAUCAUGCUCCGGGGAGGGGGAGCCGGGGCUGGGCCGCGGCGCGCUGCUGCGGGGCGAGUGUCUGGGCUGCGCGGUGCCGGGCCCGGCGGGAUGUUCCGCAAGGCGCGGCGGGUGAACGUGCGGAAGCGGAACGACUCGGAGGAGGAGGACGAGGAGCGAGAGCGGGACGAGGAGCCGCAGGAGUCGCUGGGGGCGGACGGGCCCGGCGAAGCCGCCAUGGCCCAGGCGGCCCCGCUCCUGCCGCUUCCCACCGGCUGCGUCCCCCUCGUCGUCCCCGCCCUGACGGGCUAUGGAGCGGGGAGCGGCCUAGGCCCGGGCUUCGGCCCCGGCCUGGCCGCGCUGCUGCCCCCGCCGCCGCCGCCGCCACAGCAGGGGAACGGGCUGCCGGGGGCCGGGCGGGCCAAGGAGCGGAAGCGGCUGCGGGAGAACAAAGAGGCGACGGCGCCGCGGGCCAGUCUGCUCAGCUUCCAGGACGAGGAGGAGGAAGCUGAAGAAGUUUUUAAAGUGAAAAAAUCAAGUUACAGCAAAAAGAUAGUAAAACUACUGAAGAAAGAAUACAAAGAAGAUCUUGAAAAAUCAAAGGUUAAACCAGAAGUCAAUUCUCCAGCAGAUGCUGAACAGGCCAUAGAGAAAAUAGGACAGGUUAAGGAUGCAAACCAAGAAGAUGGGACUGCAAACAGUGAACAAGGUGAAGAAGAGAUGGAAGUCGAAAGUGAGAAGGAAGAAGAAAAGCCUAAAACUGGGGGAGCUUUUUCAAGUGCUUUAUCAUCUCUGAAUGUUCUCCGUCCAGGAGAAAUCCCAGAUGCUGCUUUUAUUCAUGCCGCUAGAAAAAAGCGUCAAAUGGCUCGUGAACUUGGGGACUUUACGCCUAUUGACAAUGAGCCAGGCAAAGGCCGCCUUGUUCGAGAAGAUGAAAAUGAUGCCAGUGAUGAUGAAGAUGAUGAUGAGAAGAGAAGAAUAGUAUUCUCAGUGAAGGAAAAAUCCCAAAGGCAAAAGAUUGCGGAGGAAAUAGGUAUUGAGGGAAGUGAUGACGAAGCUCUCGUAACUGGGGAACAGGAUGAAGAACUCAGUCGAUGGGAACAGGAACAGAUACGAAAAGGAAUUAACAUACCUCAGGUUCAAGCAAGUCAGCCUACUGACGUGAAUAAUCUGUACUACCACAACUCUUACCAGACAAUGUCUUAUGGUUCAUCGUAUGGCAUUCCUUACACUUAUGCUGCUUAUGGAUCAUCAGAGACCAAGUCUCAAAAAACAGAUAAUAUACUUCCUUUCAAAACUCCCAGUAAUGAGAUGACUCCUGUUACUAUUGAUUUGGUAAAGAAACAGCUUACAGACAGGUUGGACUCAAUGAAAGAAUUGAACAAAGCCAAUCAGCAGCAACAUGAGAAACAUCAACAAAGCCGAGAGGACUCUACCAAGGCAAUUGAACGAUUAGAAGGGUCUUCUGGGGGUAUUGGUGAACGGUAUAAAUUUUUGCAAGAAAUGCGAGGGUAUGUCCAAGACUUGCUUGAGUGUUUCAGUGAAAAGGUGCCCCUGAUUAAUGAACUCGAGUCAGCAAUGCAUCAGCUGUACAAACAGCGAGCUUCCCGCCUUGUCCAAAGACGACAAGAUGAUAUUAAAGAUGAAUCUUCGGAGUUUUCAAGCCAUUCAAGUAAAGCACUGAUGGCACCAAAUCUUGAUUCUUUUGGACGAGACAGAGCACUCUAUCAAGAAUAUGUAAAACGGCGGACUGCGGAAAGGGAAGCUAGAAGAGCCCGUCGUAGGCAAGCAAGAGAACAAACUGGGAAGAUGGCAGAUCACUUUGAAGGCCUUUCUAGCGAUGAUGAAGAAACUUCAACAGAUAUUACUAAUUUCAACAUGGAACGAGAUCGCAUUUUGAAGGAGUCCAGCAAAGUUUUUGAAGAUGUACUAGAAAGCUUCUACUCAAUUGACUGCAUUAAAUCACAGUUUGAAGCCUGGCGUUCCAAGUAUUUUUCUUCUUACAAGGAUGCUUAUAUUGGCCUCUGUUUACCAAAGCUGUUUAAUCCUUUAAUAAGACUUCAGCUCCUUACCUGGACUCCUUUGGAGGGCAAGUGUCAAGAUUUUGAGAGUAUGUUGUGGUUUGAAUCGUUGCUAUUUUAUGGCUGUGAAGAACAGGAGCAAGAGAAGGAUGAUGCUGAUAUUUCGCUAUUACCUACCAUUGUGGAAAGAGUUGUUCUCCCUAAACUAACAGUACUUGCUGAAAGUAUAUGGGACCCUUUUUCUACGACACAGACAUCUAGGAUGGUAGCAGUUACACAGAAACUAGUAAAUGGAUACCCUUCAGUGGUAAACGCAGAAAACAAAAAUACACAGACACUUUUGAAGGCCCUGUUACUAAGAAUGAGAAGAACGCUAGAUGACGAUGUAUUCAUGCCAUUGUACCCCAAAAACAUCUUAGAAAACAAGAACUCUGGUCCUUAUUUGUUUUUCCAACGCCAGUUUUGGUCCUCAGUGAAGUUACUAGGAAACUUUCUCCAGUGGUAUGGAAUUCUUUCAAACAAAACUCUACAGGAGUUAUCGAUAGAUGGCCUGCUAAAUAGAUAUAUCCUUAUGGCUUUUCAGAAUUCUGAGUAUGGAGAUGACAGCAUUAAAAAAGCUCAAAGUGUAAUUGCUUGCUUUCCUAAACAGUGGUUCACUAAUCUAAAAGGGGACAAGACUAUUUCCCAGUUAGAAAACUUGUGUAGAUACCUUGUUCAUCUGGCUGAUACAAUUUAUAGAAACAGUAUUGGAUGCUCUGAUGUGGAGAAAAGAAAUGCAAGGGAGCACAUAAAACAGACAGUAAAGCUUCUGGCAAGUAUUCGAGCGCUGGACCAUGCUGUGACAGUUGCAAAUGAACAUAAUGUGAAAGAGUUAAAGGUUUUAAUUGAAGGGAAAUAACUUUUAGGUGACUCAUUUUGAGCUUUAAAACCAUUCCUGAUGUGUAAUUUAUGUACAUAUGUAAAGUUUCUUAAACUGUAAAAUAUUGAUCCUUGUUUUAAUACAAAGUGCAUUGUUACAUACAUCAUCCUUAAUAAGUAUUGAUUUCUUUAAAAAGAGAAAAGGAAUCCAGGAAGACCAUCUUUCCAGCAGUCAGACUUCCCUUAAAAUCUCUCAACAUAUUGUUUACAAAAAACAUUUUGUACCCCAUGAUAACUAGUCAUCUACUCAGUUAAUUGUCCCAUGGUUAACUGGAGUAUGUGUAAUAUAUAAUGUGUAAUAUACAGUAUGCUUAUAUUUAUACCACCCUGUUACUUUCAUACUGGAUAUAGUGGUCUCCUGCUGUUGAAAUAAGUGUUUCAGUUGCUGAAAUUUACUUCAAUAAACUGACUGCAUUAAUGGUCAAAAGGGCUGGCAAAAUAUGAGAAUCAUUUGACCUAAAUAUUAAAGAAACUUUCACAUAGCACCUAACAUUACAAAGCAGCUGUGCUUCACUCAGACUGAAAUAGCUUAACUUUACAUCUUGUAUUCAGAGUUAAUAUGGAUCUUUCUUCAGACUGUUUUUAAAAUCCUCAUUAGCAUAGUUUUUGAUGCAAACAGUAGUCUGAUGACUUAAACAUGUGGUAACUUAUGUUUUAAGUUAAAUGGCAACACUGCGUGAUGGUGUGGGCUCUCUUCCCCUCCUCCCCCCCCCCCCCCCCAAUUACUCAUCUUGAAGGGGGCAGCAUUUCACUCAUGGAUCCUGAACCCUCAUCCCUUCAACAACUCCUCUAAAUCUACUCUUUGUGUUCUGUUGCAUAAUUUAUAAUAUCUCUGAUUUAGAUGUGAAAUAUAUUUGCUCAAACAUGGGUAUUUCUAGAGGUGUAAAAGCCAAGCAAAGGAAACAAAUAUUUCAGUCAAUAUAAAUAUCACGCAGUGAAUAGUCAAACAACUUUUAAAUUUAACACUUCCUGUCAAGUAAGACCAUUUUAAAAAGAUGGACUAGCUUACAAAACAAAAUGGCCUUUUAGGUAUAAGAGGUGCUUUUUGUCAGAACACUAGUGACAUCUUGGAGUCCCAGGAACACUAACUUGCAGUCACUGUUUUGGACAAGCUAUUUCCAGGUGUGCCCUAUGUUAGUUGGGAAUUGUAGCAAUAAAUUGGCAUACUGAGUAACAUUAUAAUCACUGUAUUUUAUGCUCAUGUCAUGUGGUAUAAAUUAGGAUAUUAAAAAUGUACAAUUUGUAACAUGCACACAUCAUUUGGAAACCAAACAAUUGUUUUCUGAACUUGGGCUGAUGGAGCACAUUCAGAGUAUCUGCUUUUAAGAAUCCUUCCAAUAAACUUGUCUGUCAUGGA